AUGGGGAUAUUAACGACAGUUUCGGCAGCUGCAAAAGCAGCGCUUACAGUAGGUGGGAUAAGCAAGCUGACUUUCAUCCCCUUCAUGCUGGCAGUCAUGGCUUAUUUCAACUACGAUCUGCUGGAUCCAGAGAAUAGGCCGUUCAACCAAAAGUAUCUCCGGGAAGAAUACGAUUUCGUAAUCGUUGGAGGAGGUUCCGCUGGUUCGGUUUUGGCUAACAGACUGUCAGAAAUCGAGGGAUGGAAUGUCCUAUUGUUGGAAGCGGGAGGACACGAAACCGAUAUAAGCGAUGUACCUUUAUUGUCUUUGUAUCUGCACAAAAGCAAACUGGAUUGGAAGUAUCGGACUGAAUCUCAAGACUCCGCCUGCCAAGCAAUGAUAGAUAAACGUUGUAGUUGGACCAAAGGAAAGGUGCUCGGUGGAUCAUCUGUUCUCAACACAAUGCUUUACAUAAGAGGAAACAAACGAGACUUCGACCAAUGGGAGUCACUUGGCAACCCUGGUUGGGGUUACGCGGAUGUCUUACCAUACUUCAAGAAAUCUGAAGAUCAAAGAAAUCCUUACUUAGCAAAGGACACAAAACACCACUCAGUCGGUGGAUAUUUGACUGUGCAAGAUGCUCCAUACAAUACACCAAUUGGGGCAGCAUUUUUACAAGCCGGUGAAGAAAUGGGUUACGAUAUAAUUGAUGUGAAUGGAUUACAACAAACAGGCUAUGCCUGGUACCAAUUCACAAUGCGAAGAGGAACCAGAUGUUCCGCAGCAAAGGCCUUCCUUAGGCCUGUUCGAUUGCGGCAAAACCUGCACAUUUCUCUUUUUUCUCAUGUGACUAAAGUUCUGAUUGAUCCAGAGAAAAAAAGAGCAUAUGGUGUUGAAUUUAUUAGAGAUACUGAAAAACAAGUUAUUUAUGCAAAACGCGAGGUCAUAUUAGCCGCGGGUGCGAUUGCAUCACCGCAUUUGCUUAUGCUUUCGGGAGUAGGCCCAGCAAGUCACUUAAAAGAAGUAGGGAUUAAUGUAAUCUACGACUCUCCUGGCGUUGGGAGAAAUUUGCAAGAUCACAUUGCUGUCGGUGGAAUCGUCUUCCAAGUUGAUUAUCCCAUAAGCUUAGUCAUGAACAGACUUGUCAAUAUUAAUUCAGCUUUGCGCUAUGCUGUAACAGAAGAUGGUCCAUUAACUUCUAGUAUUGGGUUAGAGGUAGUAGCAUUCAUAAAUACGAAAUAUGCCAACGCAACAGAAGACUGGCCUGAUAUAGAGUUCAUGAUGACUUCAGCUUCAGUACCUUCAGACGGAGGUACUCAAGUUAAAAAGGCGCAUAGUUUGACAGAUGAAUUUUACGAGGAAAUGUUCGGUCAUAUUUCUAAUAAAGACGUUUUUGGUAUUUUCCCUAUGAUGCUCAGGCCAAAAAGCCGCGGCUUUAUUAAAUUAAGGUCAAAAAAUCCUUUGGAAUAUCCAAUUAUGAUCCAUAACUACCUAACACACCCCGAUGACGUUGGUGUCUUGAGGGAAGGUGUAAAAGCAGCCUUAGCAGUAGCGGAAACUAAGGCUAUGAAACGUUUAGGUGCAAGAUUUAAUAACAAACCUAUUCCAAAUUGCAAACAUUUGCCUCUGUACACGGACGAAUACUGGGAUUGUUACAUCAGACAAUAUACUAUGACCAUAUACCAUCUAUCGUGUACUGCAAAGAUGGGGCCAUCUAGUGAUCCUAUGGCAGUAGUGGACUCUGAACUGAGAGUGUACGGAAUUGAAGGACUACGUGUAAUAGACGCCAGUAUUAUGCCGGCAGUAACAAACGGUAAUAUUAAUGCUCCAGUUAUUAUGAUUGCAGAAAAGGGAAGUGAUUUAAUAAAGGAUACAUGGAUACCAAAGACAAACAAGCGAAGCCGUAGAUCUUUGAAAUGUUCCAAAUUAGAACGGCUUUUUUCUAAAACAAUGAAUGCUAAAUGUUAGGUUGACAGUUAA